AUGCAUGAGACGCAUGCCACCGAGCAACGAUUUCGACACGGCAGUUUGCGAACUGGCAAAACUUUUAACAGCAAUACCCGUAGUCCUAGGGGUAACCAUGACACCACAAUCGCUCACAGUCAUCAGAACCAACAAUCCCUACAGCAGAGGGUUGCAGUCGCGCAAAUUGAAAGCAUUGCAAAGGACAUCACCGCCGACCACAUUGUCAUUGACCAGUGGAAGGGCAUCACAGAGAUGACUUGCCCUGCUUUUUUCCAUCCUAAAAACACCAAGAAGCCCAGCAAGGCCCCAGCGCCGCACAAAGCGCGGCCCUACCACUGUUCGUUUGCAAGGUCGACCAUCGGCCUCAGCAAGGAGCAGAGGGUCGAAAGGUUGAAGGAUGCUAUAAGGCAGGCUACGAUUAGCAACCUCACCGGUGAUGAGAAGGAAAGAGGUGCCCAGCGACAAGUCCGAAUCAUCGUUUGGUGUGCAGAGAUGGAAUAG